AUGUGUAUUGAUUACCAGCAAUUGAACAAGGUUACAAUCAAGAAUAAGUAUCCGCUGCCGAGGAUUGAUGAUUUGUUUGACCAGCUUCAGGGUGCCAAGGUAUUUUUAAAGAUUGACUUGAGAUCUGGCUACCAUCAGUUGAGGAUUAGGGCAUCCGAUGUCCCUAAGACAGCUUUCCGCACUCGGUACGGGCAUUAUGAGUUCUUGGUGAUGUCAUUCGGGUUGACUAAUGCCCCAGCAGCUUUUAUGGAUUUGAUGAACCGAGUGUUCAGGCCUUAUUUGGACUCGUUCGUGAUAGUCUUCAUUGAUGAUAUAUUGAUAUAUUCCCGCAGCCAGGAGGAGCACGAGCAGCACCUUAGAGUGGUUCUUCAAACUUUGAGGGAUAGUCAGUUAUAUGCCAAGCUCUCUAAGUGUGAGUUCGAACAAUGUUUAGCUAUCCAAAAUAUCUACUCGCUCCGAGCCAGUAUCCAAGGUAUCGGGCAACGACGAACCAACGACCUAUCCUAUAACGGUAAGGAUGCUAGAGGACAUUAUCUAAAAGAUCAACUCAAGCUCGCGGAGACUCCUACAGCAACCGUCUCCCGGAGAUACAGUCCCGAGACUCAUUUCGCGGAAGUCAGAAACAACGAAAUUCCCUGGGGAUGA